AUGUCAGCAAGUGAGCGUCAAAAAAUUCUCUAUAGUAUAGGUGGGAAAGGCACUUACCUUGAAGUACCCCAGCUGCUACGAGAGCUUCGAGAGGAAGCAGAUCAUCCGGUAGAGGAGAGGCUUCGUAUUCAAGGGCUACAUCGUCAAAGGCGACGAGGCAUUCCUAUUAAUGUUGACGAUCUAAAGAAGAGGCCGUUUGUUCGUAGAACAUUUACUGGGCCAGUUACCACAGUUGACUACGAACCGGAACUCACCGAUGCAGAAAUUCAUCAGAGGCAGAGCGGUGUUAAUGGAUGGCUUCAAAUGCAGAGCAGAGCGAGGGCCCUUCAAAGACAGCACAUGAGAAAUCGAAGAGGUCCUGCAACAACCGAUCCUAUUCAUGAUGAUGAUUUUCAAGUUGAUGAAGAGGAUAUCCUUGGACUCAGCUUCAGCGCAAAGCUUAGCGACGAAGAAGGAGGAGAAUACGGUGAAGAAUACAGAAGAUAUUAUGAAGGAGAUGGUGGCAAGUCAGGAGAAAGUGAUGAAGAAGAAAAAGACCAAUGA